GUCGCCCCAUCGACGAUAAUGGCGAUUAACUUGCAUACCCGGAAGUGUUGUUGACGAUGUGAUUGGUUGAAGAGCCCCGUGUACGUCUACAGUGAAUGUGUCGUUCUGUCAUGGUAGUUACUGCAUGAAGGUGUGUGCUGGCGGACUACUGUGUGUCGUCAAACUGUGUCAAAAUUUCUAUACAAGAGAGGGAUGUUCAUACGUUUAACUGAUAGCCAGAAGCGAUAGGAUUUCCAGACCGCACUCAAUAUUCCAGCCAUAUGACGGCGCACCGUAAAUAAUCAAGUUUGUUACAAGACAGUCCCGUCAUUGAUACUGUGAUCAACGACCCAAGCCGUUGGAGUAAGAUGACAACCAUAUAACCGAGACUGACCACCCGAGCCAUAAUUACAUCGUGACUUUACUCUACAAGUACGCCGACACUUAUGACAGAACCUGGCUGUGUGUCGCCAGCAGCUAAUGAAGAGGAAUCUAUCCCAACAGAAGAGCACAUUGUUACACUUUGACUGGACACCUGUAUCUUCAUCAGGAGCUUCACAAUAGGAUGUCAUUAGUAUCUCAGAUUAGGACAACAUAUGCCAAAGAUCAUAUGGGAACACCCAUCAAUCUUCUGCUGAUGUUCCAAUGAUACGGUCUACAUGAGUGUUUCCCCAAGAAGACUACAUUAGUGAGCUGCUAUGAAGCUAUGGAAGCGCCACCUGAGAUAAAGAACGUGUCCAUCUUGGUGCUGUCCAAACCAACAAAGAAGGAACUGUCUCUUUUAUUAAAUAAUACAUCAGAGACGCUUGUCUCAGGUCACGUAAUGGACUACCGAGGACUGGCAGAGAUAUACGGGAAAACCUUCCAGUUCAUCUCCGAGUUGGAGGAGAAAAAAGACCCCAUGGCCCAUCUGCUGGCGUCGCUGGCGGGGAAGGAGGCGUUAUUGUCGACAUUGUGGGAGAAACUGGGGCAGCUGGGAAGGACCGACGUUCAGAGCAGAUGCCGUAACCUCUUCUGUACAGAUGUGUUGGCAUGGCAGCAUCGUAAGCCUAGAAACAGGGCAGAAGCGGAACAAAUUAGGAACGAAAAAAAAAGGAGUACGAUUCAAGCAUUCUUUAAAGAAUUAUCUCCUGGCCAAUCUGGAGCAGCUGUUCAAACCCAAGCUGUGGAGCAAGGAGACGUACGGAAUCAAGAAAUGUGUGCGUCAGGUUCUUCAGAGUCGAAUCCUAUGUCAAGACCAAUCGCAAUAAAUACACAGAGCGAGGAAAAAUCAUCUACGGUCACGAAAUCGGGUUCUAGACCAUCAAAUCGGAAGAUUCUCAGCACUGACGAUGACGGGACAACACGUGCCAUGUACGACGCUUACAUCAACUGCGCCGAGAAGGACAUCCUUUUGGCGAAGGAAAUGCUGAACACCCUUGAGUCCUCCCCUCACAACCUCCGUCUCUUCCUCCCGGAGCGGCAGUUGAUGCCUGGGGGGUGCAAGUACGAGGACAUCGCCGACGUUUUGGAGGAUAGGUGUCGCCGCAAAGUCGUCAUCAUCCUGACGCGAAACUAUGUGGAUUCAGAAGCAUGUCAGUUUGUCACCAACUUUUCCAGAGCGUUAGAUCCAGGUGCCAGAGAGAAGCAGAUCAUUCCGAUAGUAUACGAGGACAUUGACGAAACGCCGCGGAUGUUGAUAGGGCUUCAGUUCAUCAGGAAACAGAGAGACGAAAAACGAGGAUGGUUCUGGUCAAAGCUGAGGGAAGCCAUAAAGAAUAACCAGAGAUGAUGAGCUGUAUUUCAUUAUUUUUGGUGGUUAUCAGCCUCAGGGUUUAAAUUAUUGAUUGUAGGUGAAUCAUGUCCCAGACACAUCAAAUAGUAGUUGCAAGGUAGGGAUGGGCCCGAAGAAGGAUAUGUGAUUGUUAGUCAGAUCACUGGUGAUGUUGCAGUCCAGAAGAACGGCUGAUGAUGGUGCAAAUGUCGGAUAUGACAUGGUCCAGAAGGACGGCUGGUGAUUGUGCGGAUGUCGGAUAUGUUAUGGUCUAGAAGGACGGCUGGUGAUUGUGCGGAUGUCGGAUAUGUUAUGGUCCAGAAGGACGGCUGGUGAUUGUGCGGAUGUCGGAUAUGUUAUGUUCCAGAAGGACGGCUGGUGAUUGUGCGGAUGUCGGAUAUGUUAUGGUCUAGAAGGACGGCUGGUGAUUGUGCGGAUGUCGGAUAUGUUAUGGUCCAGAAGGACGGCUGGUGAUUGUGCGGAUGUCGGAUAUGUUAUGGUCCAGAAGGACGGCUGGUGAUUGUGCGGAUGUCGGAUAUGUUAUGUUCCAGAAGGACGGCUGGUGAUUGUGCGGAUGUCGGAUAUGUUAUGUUCCAGAAGGACGGCUUGUGAUGGGGCGGAUGAACCAGAGUUGGGUACGGCGAUUGUAAAGAUUGAAGGAUCGUACGUUCAGUUACGGAGAAGAAUGCUUCAGGCAUGGACUACAAUGUUUGUCACUUGGUACAAUAUUUCAAGCUUGAAGUACAAUGCUUCAUUCACUUAGAACAAUUAUUCUGUCACAGAGAACAAUGCUUCAUUCACGUAUGCAAUUCUUUGGUCAUGCAGUACAAUGCACAUUAAAUGUCUGUCAUAUGAGAACAUUAUUAACGAAGGCAGUAUCAAGAUUGUUCAAUAGGAAAUAAAAAAAUGUUGUUAUGCUUAGAUCGGAGCAAAAUCAUGUUCUCAUGCAUUCGAUUCAAUCUGCGGUUUUCCCAUGUCGAUGUGGGCUUACCCAGUAGCAAACAAUAUUGUAUUCACAACAAUGUGCAUGGCGAUCUUCCGUGUUGCACACAAAACGGAACGUGCUGUUGCACACAAAACGGUACUUGUGCGUACAGAUAAUGGGGAUGUUUUUAUGAAGUGACAAGGAAGUGUAUCCAAGCAGCGAGGACAACAACUAGGAAGAUCAACUCAUCUUUCUUUGUUUGCCACUGUUUUAAAUAAAGUAUCUGAAAUAA